CCUUGCGAGAUUUUCUCCCAAGCGGGACACACGCGGCAGCUAAGUUGAACCGACGAUGCUGCGCCUGUGCGAAGAAUGCCGGCAAGUUGUGAUGGAGGGAGACCCCGCAGAGUGGCUUUGCUCGUCGUGCGGUGGCAUGUUUCAUGGAACAUGUGUCCGCAACAAGCGUCGAACACAACCGUGGAAAUGCUCGGGAUGCCAAGGCAAUAACCAAGAGAAAGGACUGCUGGUGACCGAGGCUGUAAACAAACUUAACGAAGCUGGCGACGAUGCAGAUGAUGAAUGGUGGGCUGAAAUGGAAAGCGCAUCUCACCCUCUUGAAGAAGUUCUGCCCAAGGAUACAACUGAUGAGUCCAAUCGCACAUCAUCCGCGGCCUCAAGUAGAACUCGUCGAAUAGGUCGAUCCAAGUGUGAAAACAGUUCAGAUCUUGCCCUACAGGACGCAAUGCUGCGAAUCCAAACGAACGUCUUGUGUACUUGUUGUGGAUUGAUCAGCAUCCCAGAGGUCCACGUGCUGUUGUGCACUGUGUGUCAGUCGACGUCUGCACAUUCUCUUUGCAUGAAGAGCCAUUUCCGCGACAAAUGGUCAUGCCCAAAUUGUUUCGGCGGCGGACAACGACGAGCCAAAGCCUCCCAAAACAAUCCCGCACCGCACAUUAUCAAGAAGCUCACCAAGCCGCUGGCAGAAAGUACUGUCGUGUUGUGCGACAACUGCCAAGGAGAGUUCUCGAUGAGGCAUCUGAAAAUGUCGACGUUGCCCAAAGGCGAUUGGUUCUGCAAGCAUUGCGACGAGUCACACAGUUCGUCAGGGAACGAAGAUGACGAUGCUUCCACGCGUGCAAGACCUGCCACGUUGCGGUCGACACAACGGUCCGCAUCGAAACGUGGUCGCACCGAAGUGUCGCCUCCAUCAGUGGAAGGGAAACGCUCGAAAGUGGACCGAAAGAAAUCAAGCAACAGUACCUCGCGGCGCACCAAUAUUGCCUUGUGCUUGCAUUGCGGCAUGAAACCCUCCAACGACUCGUCCUGCAAGGAAUGUCGCCGAGUCUCAAAAGGGCACAAAGCGCUGAAACGAGAUCGCGGGCCUCUCCGCGUCGUCAUCCCCGAACCGAUGCCGGCGGCCACGGACGUGGCAGUUCCGACCAUGUCGUCUGCGACGGUGGACUUGUGGGCGAUGCACGAGCUGGUUGGACGUGUUGUCUUAGUUCACAUGGCCAUGUCCAACGGACAAUGGUUGAGUGGUCGCGUGGGCUUCUUUGACCCCCACACGCUCCUCCACCGUGUGCAGUUCUUUGACGACACAGAUCAGUGGCUUCCAUUGCACGAGAUGGCGUAUUGCUUCAGCCAGCACAUCAACGUAUUCGUCAGGUUGUACGAUGUCGACAACGACAAAGGGUGGUGGCCUGCGCAGCUCAUGAGCUUGAGUGGUGUCGCCGCCCAACACCUGCAAGGCGGCAACAAGAAGCUCGUGUAUUUAUACGGAGCGAACAACCUGUGUGCUUGGGUGUCGAUGUCGGGCGUACGGAGUUUUGACGUGUUUGAAGUGGAAGCGAGCCAGCUGACGAACGCCAUGUGGGUUGAUGCUGUCGACGACGCCAAGGAAGAGGUGCAUCUCGCGCGCGAAACAGUCGUCGAUGCGAAGGAAACCCUCCGACGGGACAUUCAGAAACGGCUUCACGGAAAGAAAUGGGUCGGCAAGAAGGUGGAAGUGAUGAACUUUUCCGAGCACUCAAUGACCCACGGCACAAUCACCCAAUUCAACCCCGCGACACAAGAGUAUUGCCUCGAAUCCGAGCGGAGCUCCAGGUGGUUUAUUGUGAACGACGACGUGCACAUUUCGCUACUGGUUGAUUGCUCGUACGCGGAACUGUCCAUGCAAUGGUUUUCGGAUCCAGACGCAGUGCUUCACGAAGUCGAAGCACCCCAACAGGUGGAGAAAUCAACGCCCGAUGUUGAGGCAGACGCUACGCGCUGUGUCAAGUGUCUUUUCCCGCUGGCUGGGGAAGUGCUCCUGCCGUGUGCAAAGUGUGCACAACUCUUUCAUCAGCCGUGUGUGGAUUGCCCCCAGGACGCGUACCCACUCGUGGAUCCCAUGGACGGAGCUCUCCUAAUCGACGACAUUGGUCCUGCGUUUGUAUGUCCGUCGUGCCUGGUAUGCGAUGGCUGCGAAGGUGUCACAACGAGUGACAAGUGGCAUCGAUGGAAACUCCCUCUUGGCCCCGUCACGCUGUGUACGGCCUGCCACGAGCAAUACGUGGCUCAGAUGUUUUGUCCUGUUUGCCAUCGCGUGUACGAGGACGGGAUGGCGUUCUGUUGCGAUGUUAUGCAGUGCACCACAUGCGAUUUGUGGGUCCAUUCCACAUGCGAACCUGACCCAGAUCCGUUGUACCAUGGUGACGACCCCCAGGUAGUGUUUGAAAAGGCGGACGACAACGCUACCACCUCGAUUACAACCGCAAAUCCUUCGACCACUGAACAACCGGACGCUGCCCCCCUUAUCGCGCCAAGCUCUGGUGUUGAGAUCGAGGACCUCUCAGACAAACAGCGACGACGUGCACAAGACGACAAGGCUGCGCGGGCGCUGAUGUUUCCGUCGACGUACGACCCACGCAUUCUGUCGAAAUACGAAUGCUUUACGUGUCGCCGCAUCCGUUGCUUCCGCCUCCUAAAAGCGUUGGUUGCUGAAGACAAGCUUGGACUGUUUCGAGAGCCUGUGACUGUCGACAUCGCGCCGACAUAUUUUGAUGUGAUCAAGUCGCCGAUGGAUCUGCGCACGAUGGAAGACAACUUGAAGGACCAACGCUACGUCCAUGCAUUGUGUGCAGAUUUCCGCGACCAUUUCGAACUCAUGUGCUUGAAUGCCGUCACGUUCAACUCGAAAGAGCAUCAUUUUGCGAUUUGGCGAGAAGCGUGGCGGUUUUACAACGCUGGCUUACGCUUGAUGCGGCAAAACAUGCCGAGCGUCGCGCUUGUGACUGGAACAUAUGCGGAAAACAUGAUUGCUGCUGCCAAACGCCAACUUCCUAACAACAGUGUGCUGGCCAACAAGGAAGAGCCGAAGAAGGACGUUGUGAUGAUUCCAGACGACUCGAUCGUCGAGUCCAAGCAACCAGCCACAGCCGAUAGCACGACCAACGACCUCAUCAAAGCUGAGCCCAGUCUACCACAAACCUCCGCCGCUGUCGUUACCGAGGACGUUGUGAAAAGCACGAUCGAAAAAGUCACUGAAACAACGUUCAUCGUGCCGACGGAGCUCGGGACCGUGCCCAAGCCGUACUCUUGCAUGUCGAGUGUCGUAGUGACCCAGUCCAAGAUGCAAGCACACGAAACGGCGUGGAUCGACAUGUGCGUCGUAUGCUGCAGCUCAGGGCAACCUCAGUCCAUGAUCUUCUGCGUCGAUUGCGGCGAAGUUUUCCACACGUUUUGCUUACAGCCAGCACUCGACAUAUUGGAACACACCAAACACAACGACAAAAUACUCGAGUACUGGCGGUGUCCGAACUGCAAGAUCUGCGAGUUCUGCGGACGAUGCAACCAAGAAGACGAAGCGAAGUUGCUCGUGUGCGACGUGUGCGAACGAGGCUUCCACACGUUCUGUUUGAAACCCAGACUCCGCGAAGUCCCGUCGGGAGGGUUUGUUUGUGGCAGUUGCGUGCAGUGCGAAACGUGCAGCGUCACCCAAGAAAUCACAGCGUGGAGUCCCAAUCCUUCAUCGUGUCUGACGUGCUUGGGAAUCAAGGUGGACGAGUUGAGUAAGAAGAAGCCGGCCAAGCGAUCGACCGACUGCUGCCCGGUGUGCACAAAAAAGUGGAUCGAAAAGGAACCGUUGAUUCAGUGCGACGGGUGUGAACUCUGGGUGCACCCUGUGUGCGACUCGAUCACAGACGAGUCGCUCGAGGUGCUGGUCGAAGACCCAACGAGUGAAUACUAUUGCCCCGUGUGUCGGCAAAAGCAACGUCAGCAUUUGAACGUGUACAAGAAGGCGUGGGAUCUGCAAAUGACCAUUGCACAGAUCCAAAAUACACGGCAAGACAUUGUCGAGACGUGGCGGGCCAAGCAAGUAAGCGAAAGAACGACCCGGCAGUGGGAAUUUUGGCGAGACCGGUGUCCGGUCUAUCUGUACACAAUGCGCCUCGGCGAGGAGUGCCUGAAAUCGCUGGCAGGUCGUCGUGUGUCAUUCACCUUGACCAACAGCCAAGGGGGACUUAUCAAUGCGGCGCUGAUCCCUGCGGGAAUACGUCGCCGUGCAUGUCGGUACAUGCGGUUCAAGCGAUACGCCAGGGGACCCAAGGCCGCGUUGCGUCGUCAAAACCGAAAAAAAGGCAACUUUUUCUCGUGGGAAGGCGUCAAAGCCCAUGAGAGUGCAAUUGCGAACGUCGUAUCGGAAGCCGCGUCGGCCGCGUCGUUCUUGGCGUGCUGUGCAUGGCUGUACGGGACAAAGAAGCUGAGUCAUUUCGCCGCAAAUCUCCUUCGUUCGGGUGGGGAGCCCAUUCCCGACGCGCUCUGGAAUGCUUUGAUCGACAAGAAUGCACUGUCCAUUGACGACGAAGUCAAGUUUCUCGUUUCCGAGUACAACAAACGAGCCAAAGCCCGCGACGCAGCCGAAACUGCUGGUUCACCAGACACUGCCAGUGCGCCUGGUACACCAACGCCGAGUUCGGAUGUCCAGGCACCAGCCGAACCAAGCUCCUCCUUGCCGCCCACAUCACCAGAAAAGGAACCCGCAGUCGAGGAAGUCGUGCUGCCGAUCAACCAAGUCCACUUGACCUUUGUCAAACCGCUGCAAGGAUGGGAGUUGUGGCCAGACCAUGUCAAUCAUCUCGGUGCGUUUGAGGACCAUCGAGUAUGUGGGUUCUGCCGCGGGUGUGGCGAUAGCUCUGUCUGUGGUCGACUCAUUUUCGCCGAUUAUGAUCAAUGGGUCCAUGUCAAUUGCGCGUUUUGGUCCCACGAAGUCUUUGAAGACGCAUAUGGCACCCUCAUCAUGUGCCAGAAAGCUCGAUUUCGAGGCCGCACGACGCGAUGCUCCGUGUGCAACAUUAACGGCGCGACGGUGGGCUGCCAUGGGUUGCGGUGUCCACUCAACUUUCACUUUUCGUGCGCGCAAGGCCAGGUGGAUUUUACCUUGGAGAAGCAAUCGUUUUGCAACCUGAACGAUCACUGGAUGGCCCACAUCCGCAAAAAGAACGAGCGGCGACGGAAAAAGGAAGACGAGCUCGAAGCCAAGCGAAAGGCCAAGCUUGCCACCGCAAUCGCCGGUGCGGCUCGAAUCGACGACGAUAUGGACAAUCCUGAAAACGCUGUGGUCGAAAAACUCGAGAGUCCAGAGGUCGACGAAGUCCACCAGUGCGUGGAGGAAUUGGUGUCCACGAUCUGCUCGGAGGCGAUCGACGCCCGCCUCGAACCUCUGCGGUUCUUAAUGUGUGAUCCCAUCACUGACAGGAAAACAUCCAAGACCCAGAUGACCAAAGGCACGUGCUACCGAAUCGGCGCAUUGUGCGUUCAGAACCUGGGUGCAAUUGAAGUGGGCAACCAUCAUUUCCACACACGGUCAGCGAUUUACCCCGUGGGGUAUCGCAGCACGCGCAUCUUUUGGAGCGCGACUCGGAUCGAACACAGAGCGUUGUACGAGUGUGAGAUAUUCAGCGAAACAAAUAAAAUGGCAGUCAAGCGACCUAUCUUCAAGAUUACACCUUGCGACGACUUGGAAAACCCCAUCUUUGGCGUCACCCCCAACGACGCCGUCGACAAGUUGCGCGGCCGUGUCCUCGCGCUGUACAGUUCCCAUCGUGCAUUCAAGGCAGGGUGGAAUCCGCUAGAGAAUCGGACGUCGUGGUACUCGUUCGGGUUGGUUGGCGAACACUUUUUUGGCGUGUCGAUUCCCGCGGUCGCAGCUGCCAUUGAAAGUUUGCCGUAUGCGCCGACAACCGCGCUGCAAGACAGCAAGAAUCCGUACCCGUAUGUGUUUUGCCACAAUUUGCCGACCCCCGCGAUGUUUGAGGACGCCAAGCACGACGUCAAGCGCCAUCGGGUCGCGAACGAACAUGCAAAACACUCGUCAGGGUGUGCGCGCACCGAUGGGUAUUCCUGGCACAAACUCAAAGGCAAGCCAGACUUGUCCAAGAAGCGCAAGGUGAACGUGUCCAAGCAAGCCAGCACCGACGACUCAAACGCAAAACCGAUCGUGGCGAACGGGAUGGAAAACUUGCCGAUUCCAAUGCAGUACCGCGAUCUGCGGCGCCGGCCAUUCUGCGAACGACUCGAAGUGCGCAAGUCCAAGAUCCAUGGGUACGGUCUGUUUGUGAAAGAGGCCAUUGCGGAGGGCAAAAUGAUUGUCGAGUACCAAGGCCAAGCGAUUCGACAAAAGGUGGCCGACAUGCGUGAAAAGCGAUACGAAGAGAUGGGCAUUGGGAGCUGCUACAUGUUUCGCCUGGACAAAGACAUUAUUGUCGACGCCACCCGGACAGGGAAUCUCGCGCGCUUUAUCAACCACUCGUGCGAUCCCAAGGCGAACGCCCGGAUCAUCAGCAUCGACGGCAACGAGAAAAAGAUUAUCAUUUUUGCCAAGGUGGCGCUCCAACCCGGCGACGAAGUCACGUACGACUACAAGUUUCCCAUCGAAGAUGAAGCGUUGCGAUGCGACUGUGGGGCACCAAACUGUAUCGGCCGCAUGAAUUGAGCUCGUGUUACGUUGCAAAAGGAACCCAUCGACACACGUACCCGCCAUUGCAUGUUAUGUGCCUAGUGGGUGUGUAUAUUUGGCGACUGUCUGCAGCAUGUGCACGCGCUGUUCAUCCUACGAGAUGGUGUGAUUCAAUGGCGUGUGUGGAACGAAGAGCUGCACGCACUUCGACUGGGUGGGUGUCGCAGUGGUUGGAGAAGUAGUCGCACACGCCUUUGAGCUCCUUCAAAAUCAAGUUCUUUUGCAGCUCGAACGCGACUUGGUCUUUGGCGAGCUGGGCGCGGUCCGCUUCAAGCUUUUCGACGCGGUGGUGCAUGGCUGCUUCCUUGAGCUGAAGGUUCUCGUCCUGCUGCA